CAUGCUCUCCAAAACUAUCAUUCUGAAGCCGACUCCACUCAUCUACCUAUAUUAGUAACCCCGAACAAUAGUCAAGCAGACAAUGAGAACCAAUUGGCAAACUUGAUGUGAGCUCCAGUAGUAGCUCAGAAGCUGAAACCCCCAGAGUAAAGUACAUAUGGCUGCCUUUUUAUCAUGACUUGACCUGAUAAUUCAAAGGUUCCAACAAUCUUCCAUACCAAGUCUGAUGAACGCCCAAAUCAUACGAAUCCAGAGAUUUUGUGAGAAGCAAGCAACAUAUAACUAAAUUACUAGUCAGACUAGCGAGGGAUUGCCUAUUCAAUUUAUGCAGCUUUGCAAAUACAACGAAUCCUUCAGUUCCAACCAUCUCGAGAGAAAAGCCUACAGACAUAACUAAACCAGUUCCAUGGACUGGAGGGAACCAGCUAACAUCUGUGAACAGAAACUACCAACAAAACGGCCAUAUCCUUCACUCAGUGACACCAGCAGUGAGGGAUCAUGCAAUCGGUACCCCCGAAAUCAUUAUGAUGAUACACCAAUGAGAAUUAAGUUUAUUUGUAAUUUUGGUGGUAGAUUCUUACCAAGGCCGAGUGAUGGUCAGCUCCGGUAUGUCGGAGGUGAGAGGCACUUGAUUAAAAUUAGCCGGGACAUUUCAUGGAAAGAGCUCAUCUGCAAGACAUCAAAGUUAAUAAGGCGAGCUCAUAUGAUCAAAUACCACCUACCAGGGGAGCCAAUGAACAUGCUCAUUUCCAUCACCUGUGAUGAUGACCUCCGGAAUAUGAUUGAUGAGUGCAUUGUUCUAGAACGAACCAAAGUAUUGUUGACCGUUUACCUCUUUGCUGAUAAUGAUGAUGAGCGCCAUGUGCAUUUCGUAUUAGGAAGCUCAUCCAGUACAGACAAGGAAGCGCAGUUCAUUGCUCUUGUCAAUGGGCUCGUCAGACCAGGUGAGGAAUUGAAAAAGCAGAGGCUUAGAAACACCUCAGCCAAUGACCUAGAUCAACUUAUGUUUGACAUCAAUGAAGAAGGGUUGUUAGCCAGGACAGACAAAGCUUCACCAAACGUCCAAAGUAAGCUCUCACCAAGUAUCGUCAAGGUACCGCUGAAGACAUCAAGGGAGCAGCUGGAGAACAUGCCUCCAAGUUCCCAACUAGCUGUGACCAACCAAGAUUACAAGGCACCAAGAAAUGAAGAUAACCCACUGUGUACCGCCAGAAAGACAAAUAAUGCUCACCUUGGCUCCUCUGUACCUUCUGAAUCCACGUGCAUAGGUAAGGUGGAAGCUGGGGCUCAUGCUGUCUCCAGGCAUCAUCCAGGACAGAGAAAUACUGCUACAAACAUGACCAGAAAGAGCAACCAAGCAACAGAAGAUCAGGUAAAAGGAUCACCAAGAAAACAGCUUCCGAUACAAGUAGACAGCAGAGGUGUGAAUGUAGUGUCAUCAAAUUCAAACAACAAUAGCCUAACGAUGCAUAUACAUCUACCUGUUUAUGAAAAGGUUGCAUCCUUAUCAGGGGGUUCAGAGAAAACAGUCAACCAGCCAACCUCCCAUGAUAACAAGAUGAAACUAAAAACAUAUAGCACCCAAGAAGAAGCUGUGUCUCACUCAGCAUCCCAUAAUAAGACGGAGAUGCAUAAACGUAGUCUUGACUUUCCUACUCCAUCACGAUGCCAUGAUGAUACGUACAACAGUACGAACAGUACAAACCUGCAUAUUCUGGAGAAGUCAAUUACAACUAACAACAAGCAGAAGCAACAGCCUGCAGUCAUGUGCAUUGACAUUUUGAAGAAAAACCAUCCUCCUGAACCGACCAAAGGUGAAACAGUACUUUCCUGUUCUUAUCUAUCUUCAGACAAGACAACUGAGCUGCAGAAAAAUAUUCUAGUCAGAUCUUCAAGUGAGCGACAAGAACGACCCAACAGUCCAAAACCAGAUGAACAUUUAUCAACAGCCCGUUCUCGAUCAGUUGGUGCAGAUAGAAUUAGCCCUCAGAUCAGAACUCCAUCGCAAGAAUCUAAAGAUAAUGUUGCACCAUUUAUCGAAGAGUCUGAGGCAUGUGAGACCAAGAACAGUGAGGAAGCUUUAUCUGCAAACACAGUAAUGGGGAGAGAACUUAUAAGUAAUGUCCAGGUAAUAAACAAUGGGGACCUUGAAGAUCUCCGUGAGAUAGGCUCUGGUUCAUUUGGGACUGUUUUCCAUGGAAGAUGGAAGGGGACAGAUGUUGCCAUUAAGCGCAUAAAGAACAGCUGUUUUAUGUACCCAUCGUCUCAGGCAGAUAAACUGAUCACAGAAUUUUGGAGAGAGGCUGCUAUAAUCUCAAAACUUCACCAUCCAAAUGUUCUAGCACUUUAUGGUAUUGUAAAUAAUGGACCUGGGGGAACAUUAGCUACUGUAACAGAAUUCAUGAUCAAUGGAUCCCUCAAGAAAGUCCUCCUUCACAAAAACAAAUAUCUUGAUUGGCGCAAGCGCAUAAUGGUUGCAAAGGAUGCAGCCAUUGGAAUGGAAUACUUGCACUCCAAGGACAUUGUCCACUUUGAUCUGAAAUGUGAUAACUUGUUGGUGAAUAUUAAGGAUCCCUCUCGUCCCAUAUGCAAGGUUGCUGAUUUUGGUUUGUCGAAGAUGAAACAAGCGACUCUUGUUUCUGGUGGAAUGAGAGGAACUCUUCCUUGGAUGGCUCCAGAAUUGCUGACAAUGAGUGGCACAAAAGUAUCCGAAAAGAUUGAUGUAUAUUCAUUUGGCAUUGUGAUGUGGGAAAUUCUGACUGGUGAGGAUCCAUAUGACGGCAUGCACUAUGGAGGAGUCAUAGGGGGCAUUUUGAGUAACACACUGAGGCCACUAGUGCCAACUUCAUGUAACCUGGAAUGGAGGAAACUGAUGGAGCAGUGCUGGUCAACUGAACCUGAGCGACGACCUUCCUUCGCUGAAGUUGCAACCCGUCUUCGCUCCAUGCUAGAAGCAAGCCAAAGUGUGACUCUGAGAGUUAAUUAGCAUCACUCUCUGUCUGUAUAUCUAUCAUUUAGGUGCAUGCUACAGAAUUGCAAAUAUGAAUGUUUCUUCUUAUAUUGAGUAUCGCUUAUAAGUAUGCAAUUGUAUAACUCCUGCAGACCAAAGCUGACUAUCGGGUGCCCCCUGUCUUGUAUUGUACAUGCAUGUAUCCACAGCAUGAAACUGUAGGGGAAAAAGUAAACAGAAGCUCCCUUAUCUAUGUGAAGAUCUUUACACUUUAGUGGGGAUACUUUAAAGUUAUC